AUGACGGAUCCGAACCUGGAUCUACAAGAAUCGGGUUGGGAGGAAUUGAGGAAAGAAGCUCGAAAGAUCGAAGGCGAUCUCGAUGUCAAACUCUCUUCUUACAUUAAGCUCGGUUAUGUAGAUACUGGGUCGCCACCGAUCGAGUCAAGCAGAUCAUGGAAGUUUGAAAUUGAAAUUCAAUCAUUGCUUGAGAAACCGCUGGACAUAAAUGAUGCUAUGAGUAGAUGUGCUGCAUUUUCUGCACCGACUACUUCGGUAACCCAGAAACUUGCAAGGCAUAGAGACAUUCUACAUGAGUUUACUCAGGAAUUCAGAAGAAUCAAUGGAAAUAUAAACUCAAUGCGGGAACAUGCAGAGCUUCUGAGUUCUGUCAGGGAAGAUAUCAAUGAGUCUAAGGCAUCUGGGAGCAUGUCAUCGAGAAUGCAAUUACUCAGAGAGCAAGCUGCAAUCCAUGGGAGCAUAGCUCAUAUAGAUGACGUCAUUAAUCAAGCUCAAACGACAAGGGCUGUGUUGGGCUCUCAAAGAGCUUUGUUUGGAGAUGUUCAAGGGAAAGUAAAAGUUCUAAGUGCCAAGUUCCCUGCCAUUCGCGGUUUGCUUGGUUCCAUAAAGAGGAGGCGUUCAAGAGACACUCUUAUUCUGUCAGCAGUUAUUGCUGCUUGUACAUUGGUCCUUAUUAUCUAUUGGCUCUCGAAGUAACUAGAGA